CCCUCCUUCCCCUCCCCUUGUUUGUCCUAGGAGCUCCCCGUCGCACCCACCAUGAUGGAGGACGACGGGCAGCCCCGGACCCUCUAUGUAGGUAAUCUCUCCAGGGAUGUGACGGAAGUCCUUAUUCUUCAAUUAUUCAGUCAGAUUGGACCGUGCAAAAGCUGUAAAAUGAUUACAGAGCAACCCGAUAGCAGAAGGGUCAACUCUUCUGUUGGAUUUUCUGUUUUGCAGCAUACAAGCAAUGACCCAUAUUGCUUUGUGGAAUUUUAUGAACACAGGGAUGCAGCUGCUGCAUUAGCUGCUAUGAAUGGGAGAAAAAUUUUGGGAAAGGAGGUCAAAGUAAAUUGGGCCACCACACCAAGUAGCCAGAAAAAAGACACAUCCAAUCACUUCCAUGUAUUUGUUGGGGAUUUAAGCCCAGAAAUAACAACAGAAGAUAUCAAGUCAGCAUUUGCUCCUUUUGGUAAAAUAUCGGAUGCUCGGGUAGUUAAAGAUAUGGCAACUGGAAAAUCGAAAGGCUAUGGCUUCGUAUCGUUUUAUAACAAACUGGAUGCAGAAAAUGCAAUUGUGCAUAUGGGAGGUCAGUGGUUGGGAGGCCGUCAGAUAAGAACCAACUGGGCCACGCGUAAACCGCCUGCUCCUAAAACCACACAAGAAAAUAGCACGAAGCAGUUGAGAUUCGAAGAUGUAGUAAAUCAGUCAAGUCCAAAAAACUGUACGGUGUACUGUGGGGGAAUUGCCUCUGGAUUAACAGAUCAACUUAUGAGACAGACAUUUUCGCCUUUCGGGCAAAUUAUGGAAAUACGAGUUUUUCCAGAAAAAGGUUAUUCAUUUGUCAGGUUUUCAACCCACGAAAGCGCGGCCCAUGCCAUUGUUUCAGUAAACGGCACUACAAUCGAAGGGCAUGUUGUUAAAUGCUACUGGGGCAAAGAAUCACCAGACAUGACUAAAAACUUCCAGCAGGUUGACUACAGUCAGUGGGGCCAGUGGAGCCAAGUGUAUGGAAAUCCACAACAAUAUGGACAAUAUAUGGCUAAUGGGUGGCAAGUACCAUCUUAUGGAAUGUACGGACAAGCGUGGAACCAGCAAGGAUUUGGAGUAGACCAAUCUCCAUCUGCGGCCUGGAUGGGUGGAUUCGGUGCUCAGCCUGCUCAAGGACAAGCUGCCCCUGUAAUACCUAACCAAGCUGGAUAUGGUAUGGCAAGUUACCAAACACAGUGAGCUGGGACUCUGUUCAAACAAAAGGAUAAUUCACGAUAGGCUUCAGUUUCCAGUGACACGCUGAAGACGGGAACGCAGACAUCGGAAAACGGAAAUAUUUAUUUUAAAAAUGGAAAUGUUUGGAACCUUUAGCACAGCUUUGCUUUGGUGAAGAACACAAAUGUCUUCUAGUUCUGCCUUUUUUGUUCAUGAUGGAGAUGAACAUGAAUUUUCUUUGUGUAUAAAAAUGAAAAUAAAGUCAAUAAAGACAAUUCUGACUACAAAUUUUGAUAUAGUAGCAGGAGAAAUGGCUUAUGAAUUUUAAUUCUCAGAUUACCAUUCCAUUUUUUUCUGUUCUGUCUUCAGUGUUUGACAUCACUGUGUUUAAGAAAAAAAAAAAGAAAACGAAAAAAAAAUUGGGAAUUUAAAAUACGGUGAGACUCUCUUUAAUUUGAACCUAAAUCCUGAACCUUCUUUUUAAUGGUGGACCAAAUGUUAUGUAAGACAGUAUUUCUUCUUUCAGCAGAAACAAGUGUCAUUCAGAAGACAUAGAUAAUCUUGAAGUAAUUUUUAAAGAAUAUUUAAUUUUUUAUACACCUAAAGAAACUGAAGCCUGAUUGAUGCAGAAAUAUUGCAAUCGAAACUGAAGAAGAGUACUGUCUGAGUUACUUGAGUAAAUUCUGCGGUCCACAUUCAGGCACAUAUUAAACUUCAGAGAUGUUUUGCUUAUUAAAAAAUGUAGUAAACUGAAUUUAAUUUUGAGAAAUGUUUUUUGCAAGUAUGGUGGUUUUUUUAGUCAGGCAGUCAUACUUGUGCUUUUACAUAAAGUUUGAAAGCUACCACAUUGUAAAUAUUUAAUAACUACGAUGUUUUAAAAGCAUGCUCAAACCUAGAAGUAGCAAUGUAAUUAUUCAAAGUAAUACCUAAUACAUUCUGCUGCUCGAGAAGCAGUGGACUGACAAGAAUGUGCAAGACUGAUGUUUCCAAAGUUGGCUACUAUGUAAAAUUGCAUAAAAUACUAUACAAAGAAAGCCUUAAUUUUAAUUUCAUAAAUCUUUAAUGCAUCAGUGCAUUUUAAUGUCACUAGAAAGUUGAAAUUUGUUGCUUUACAUAUUUGGUAUGUAAAUACCUUGGUUUAAAAACCUUGUAAACCUAUUUCAAGGUUCCUAUAAGUUGUAUAGUAUGAGUGUUUUGAAAAGUCUUGGGGUGUUUUUUAAGUCUAGAAAUAUUUUGCCCAAGAAUUUUUUAACAAGAUUGUUAAAACAUCUUAUUUUAGACUAUUCAAUGUGCCAUUUGGUAAAUGGAGAUGCAGUUGAAGCAGUACGCUGAGUUGUGACUUUUUUUUUUAUUUUUUAAUGGAAGUUUUUGUCUUUAUGGGUGGUUUGCAUGUGAUGAACUUGUAAAGAGGCUGGGUUGCUUGUAUACUGAGUGUGUAAACGGAUAAAUAGUGAAGGUGUUUUAAGAACUAACCGGGAGCUAUUUAUGAAUCAUUUUGUAGUUGGCCCGGGAAAAACUGCCUCCAUGAAUUUGUAGCUGAACCAGAAUUGCAUUUGGAUAGAUCCCCAUGUGCGUGGUGUGUGGCAGCUACAGGGUGCAACUGUUUCAGCUGUGAUUCUUGAAUACACUGUAGUAUUAAGGCAGAAGGCAUCAAAAACUAAGGAAAUAUAUUUAGCCAUCGAGUAAGGUGACCUUAAUUUGAAUGGGAGGAGUUACAAAAGAAACACUAGUCAGCGCAUCUACAUUCCUCUGUUCCAAAAACUGCCCGACUGUCUUCUGUUCAGGUAUUCUGAGGGAUUCUGGGGCUUUAAAAAUAUUUUGUAUUUGACCCCAAGAGCUGAAGGCAUUUCUGUUGAAACGGAGCAGCUGGCGGAAGCCAGGUACACCUGAGUUCUCCUGCUCGAUCUGCCAGGAUAGCCUUUUCUGAGUGAAUUGCUGCUCUAUAUCAAAAGAUACCGAGUUAGGUCAUUACUUUGGUUGAAUGCCGAUGUCCGCGUGUACAGGUGUAUGCUAGAAUUUAAUAAAAAAAAAUUCAGAGCUGCAGGUACAUCACCAACCCUAAAUGGGCGUGCGACUGAAGUGUCCUUGGUUUUAGUCUAAAGGAGAUUCCGUGAUCUCUGUCCGUGAAAAGCGUUUCGCAAUAUUUAGGUGACCAUUUUUUUUUAUCAAGCUGUCAACAAUGGUACCGUUUGUUUUCAAAACAUACUUAGGCUACCACAGAUUUUAGUGUUUCCCAGCUGUGGACUAACGGGAGGAUUCUGUACUGCCGAGAUCCUAAAUAAGAAUGGUUUCCUUUCUUUUUGAUAGUGUUCAUAUCUCAACAGAGAUUGCCGUUGGCACGGAAAACCUCGUCCAGACUUUUGUGGAGGUUAUCACCGUGACGUGUUUUGAUCAGCCAUCCUCAUUGCUCCAGGAGUCUAUUUAUCAGUACCUAUCCCCAUGUCAUCACAAGUUGAUUUCAAAGAACAUUGGCAAUAAGUGGCCAAAGUCACUGGCGUAUAACUUAUGCCAAAGUUGUAAACCAGAUUUGAAGAAAGUCUUUCAAUAAAGACUGACUUAUACGACUUAA